AGGAGCAGUUUUUUUUUUUUGGGGAAAGAAGGGUUCGCUCUGGAGGUUGAUUUCAUCUUUUGUUUUAUCGGUUUGACUUAGCUCAGAAAUGGAAGCAUAGGUUUUGAAGUAAUACACGAGCAUAUUUUUCUGAUGAUCAAUUAAACUAACACAGCGAAGUUUAUAUCGAAUUUCCCAUCUUUGUUCAAAUAAGCUUUCGAAUGGCUGCAGAGGUUAUCAGAGGUCAAUCAAAGUCUUUCCUUGGCUUUGAGAUUGUUGAGGGUGGAUCUGAUAGCCCAUCAGUUGACCCUUCGUUUAGCCUCAAGCUUCGACACAGAAUUGGAAGGGGUGUGUUUGGUGAUGUUUGGUUGGGGACUCGUUACCUAAAUGAUGGGGAUCAUGAAGUAGCUGUUAAGAUUUUGCAUCCUAUAAACACGAAGGAUAUGAAUGUCGUACGGGAUCGGCUGGAAAAUUUGCUUUCUCAACUCAAGGGACUGGAAAAUGUUUGCGAGAUUCAAGGAGUAUCUGUCAUAAAUGGGAGGUUAUGCAUAAUUAUGAAGCACUAUGACGGCUCGGUUGGUGACAAGAUGGCUCACAUGAAUGGGGGAAAGCUGUCUUUGGAGGAUGUUAUGAGGUAUGGCGCUGAUGUUGCACAAGGUAUCAUGGAACUGCAUUCAAGAGGAUUCUUAAUCCUAAGCCUCAAACCGUGUAACAUCCUUUUGAAUGACAAUGAUCGGGCAAUGUUGGGGGAUAUUGGAAUUCCUUAUAUGUUGCGGGGUGUACCUUUGUUGGGUCCUGAUAUGACUAGAAGACUGGGUACCCCAUACUACAUGGCCCCAGAGCAAUGGGAACCAGAAAUAAGAGGUCCCAUAUCCUUUGAGACAGACUCAUGGGGGUUUGGUUGCAGUAUUGUGGAGAUGUUGACUGGGAGUCAGCCUUGGGUUGGUAAAUCUGUACAGGAAAUUUAUAAAUGUGUUGUUAUGAGACAAGAGAAGCCACAUAUUCCUGCCGGUCUCCCUCCUGCUGUUGAGAAUGCCCUUGCUGGUUGUUUUGAGUAUGAUUUGAGAAACCGUCCUCUCAUGGAAGACAUAUUGCAUGCAUUUAGAAGUUCAGAGAAUGCCACCUACGGCGAUGGAGGUUGGACUGGUCUUGUCAAUGCAAAAUGUUUGGAUAAUUGUAAACCUGUCGGCUAUAGUGAGUGGUUUCUGCUGAAACAUCAGCUUCAGAUGGGAGAUGUGGUUCGAUCCAGAAAACCACCCAAUUCAAGCAAACCCCAAAGUAUGGAGAUACCAGAAGGCACCAUAGUAGGAAUGCUGGAUGAUGCAGACAGAAGUGGAUUUGUUCUGGUAAGGGUCCACAGCAUUCAUGAUCCAAUCAGAGCUCACAGAUCUACACUGGAGCGGGUCAGUUUUGGGUUUGCAGUAGGGGAUUGGGUGCGUCUGAAAGAGGACAGAAAGAAACAUUCCCCUGUGGGUAUUCUUCACGACAUCAGUAGGGGUGGUGAGGUGACCGUUGCAUUGGUUGGACUGGAGACUCUUUGGAAGGGUAACUACACGGAACUUCAGAUGUCGGAAGCUUAUUGUGUUGGUCAGUUCGUAAAGAUAAAAUCAGACGUGUGUAGCCCUCGGUUUGAAUGGCCGCACCAAACCAGAGGUGGUGAGUGGGCUACUGGCAGGAUCAUCAAAGUGCUGCCAAAUGGUUGUCUUGCUGUCAACUUCCCAGGCAGACUGACAUUCGGGAAGGAAGGUAACGACUUCUUGGCUGAUCCAGCUGAGGUCGAACUCGUUUCUUUCACUACUUGCUCAAGCAUCGUGAAGAAAUAUCAUCACCUGGAAGAUUUCCACUGGGCCGUAAGGCCAAUCCUAAUUGUCUUGGGCUUAUUCACUGCCAUGAAGACGGGACUCUUCGUCGGGAAGAAGAUCGGGGGUUCAAAGUGUAGGAUGAGACGAUCUGCAAAACAAGGUGUGCUGCAAACUGGAGAGGGCAAGACUGCUGCUGCCGCGGCGUGGCUUCCCCCAAAGAUGGCUAACGCCAUAUUCAGAGACGCUGCUGCACCCUCUACUACUUCUCCCUAGUUAGUAGUCCUCAAGAUGAAUGUUUUCAGGUUUGUGCAUUGAUUCUGAACUUCAUCAAGGCUGUUUGUUUGGUGGUAGGUAAUAUAUGGCUGCUGUAUAUCUGUAAAUUACAGUAAUUUAUAAAUACGUAGGUUUUUAUUUUGGGUUUUUUCUUGCCACGGUUGAUGCCAAAUAAUAAUGUAACUAUGUCAGACCUUUUGUGAAAUAUGGGGUGAUUGAAUUUC